UAUAAAUAUGAGCUUUCUUCAACGGUCCAAGUCACCCAAACUACUAUCAAAUCAUCAUGUCUGAACAGUUCACUCUGUACUUUUACAAGGCCUCGCCCUUUAGCCACAAGGUCGAGCUGGCUCUUGUCGAAGCCAAUGCACCCUACAAGGCCCACCAAAUCGAUCUCUUCAACAAACCAGAGUGGUUUCCCAAAGUGAAUCCCGUUGGCAAGGUGCCCGCCGUGACAUACGGGGGACCCAGUGUCGACCCCGAGGAUCCUUCGCCCCUGUCCACUAAACUCGCAGAAUCGAAUGUUAUCCUCGAGUUCUUGGCGGACCUCUAUCCAGACUCUGGCCUCCUGCCAAAGGAUCCUGUCUUGCGUGCUAAAGUCCGUUUCUUCAUCAAUGCGACUGCCAAGCACAUCGAGGAUCCCUGGUUUCCCUUCAUCAGAGGGCGCGAGCCAUACGAGAAUGUCCUAAAGGGGAUUGAAUUUAUACAAGGCCUUCUCGAGGAGGGUAGUGAUUUCGCGGUUGGAGAUCAUUACACCAUUGCAGAUGCGUGCAUCGCUCCGCACCUCGCAAGGCUCAAGACUGUCACUGAACACGACAUAGGGAAAUUCCCUGUCGGGAUGGGGUAUAAGUUAGGCGAGGAGUUAAAGGCCCCCAAGUUCGCCAAAUUCAUGAGAUACGCUCAGCGAGCGCUGGAGCGUCCGAGCUUGAAGCAAACCUAUGAUGAGGAGUUCGUGAUCACAAUGUUCAAGAAGAUUUUCGCGGAGCGUGUACAGUGAACAUAUAUACCUAAUGGCAGAUACCCAUUUCGUAUGAUGAAGCUUCCUAACUGUCAGAAUUUGCAGUAUAUCCUGGCGAACGAUAUAUAGAUAAUCCAUACCAUUAACAACUUGAAUCCGCAAGAAAAUCUGUGCAAUGACUGUAGAGGUACAUCGAAAUCUUACAAGAGCAUGGAAACUCCUCCAUCUCGUCCCAUUAUCAUCAUCACUAUCACUGUUCUCACCCUCAGCAAAACAUCAAUAGGUUCCAAACUUAGAUCAUGAUCUGC